AUGUACCCGAGCUGGGGCCGAUAUGGCGGGAGCAGCCACUAUCCGCCGCCGCCGGUCCCGCCGCCGCCGCCGGUGGCGCUUCCUGAGGCCUCGUCCGGGCCUGGGUACUCGAGCUCGACGACUCCCGCGGCCCCCUCCUCCUCGAGCUUCAUGAGCUUCCGCGAACAGCACUUGGCUCAGCUCCAGCAGCUGCAGCAGAUUCACCAGAAGCAAAUGCAGUGCGUGCUCCAACCCCAUCACCUUCCGCCGCCCCCGCCGGUGAUGCCCGGGAGCGGCUACGGAGACUGGCAGCCGCCGCCGCCACCGAUGCCCCCGCCACCGGGGCCGGCCCUCAGCUAUCAGAAACCGCAGCAGUACAAGCACCAGAUGCUGCACCACCAACGAGACGGGCCUCCCGGUUUGGUUCCCAUGGAGCUGGAAUCCCCUCCUGCAUCGCCCCCUGUGCCGCCAGGGUCCUAUAUGCCCCCGUCCCAGUCUUACAUGCCCCCACCUCAGCCGCCACCCUCGUACUACCCGCCGGCCUCGUCUCAGCCCUACCUGCCUCCCGCCCAGCCGUCCCCUUCUCAGUCCCCACCUUCCCAGUCCUACCUGGCGCCCACUCCUUAUCCUCCCUCUUCCUCCUCGCAAUCCUACGGGAGCCGUUCCCAGUCCUACUUGCCCCCUUCUCAGGCAUCUCCUUCCCGCCCUUCCCAGAGCCAUUCUAAAUCCCCGCUGCUAGCUCCUCCACCACCAUGCACCGCUGCUGGGAAUAAGUCAGCUGUCCAGCAAGAGCCUUUGAAGAGUGGUGCCAAGAACAAGAAUGUUGAACAGCAUCAAGCUGCCCCUGAGCCAGAUCCUUCUAAGAUGACUCCACAGGAACAGCAGCAGUAUUGGUAUCGACAGCACUUGCUUAGUUUGCAGCAGAGGACAAAAGUGCAUUUGCCAGGACACAAAAAGGGUCCUGUCAUAGCAAAGGAUGCACCCAAGCCAGUAAAAGAAGUUACAGUACCUGCCACCAGUCAAGUACCAGAAACCCCUCCAUCUGAGGAGCCCCCAUUACCACCUCCUAAUGAGGAGGUACCACCCCCUCUCCCUCCUGAGGAAUCCCAGUCUGAGGACCCAGAAGAAGAUGCCAGGUUAAAACAGUUGCAGGCUGCAGCAGCACACUGGCAGCAGCACCAGCAGCAUCGAGUUGGCUUCCAGUACCAGGGAAUAAUGCAGAAGCACACUCAGCUACAACAGAUCCUACAACAGUACCAGCAGAUCAUCCAGCAGCCACCACAUUUGCAGACCAUGUCUAUAGAUAUGCAACUGCGACAUUCUGAGAUGCAGCAGCAACAGUUUCAACAUCUCUACCAAGAAUGGGAGCGAGAGUUUCAGCUGUGGGAGGAACAGCUUCAUUCCUAUCCGCAUAAAGAUCAACUUCAGGAGUAUGAGAAGCAGUGGAAAACAUGGCAGGGACAUAUGAAAGCCACUCAGACCUAUCUCCAAGAGAAAGUCAAUUCAUUUCAGAAUAUGAAGAACCAGUAUAUGGGAAACAUGUCAAUGCCACCUCCUUAUGUUCCAUAUUCUCAGAUGCCUCCACCUCCACCAACAAUGCCUCCUCCUGUACUGCCUCCAUCAUUGCCACCACCAGUGAUGCCCCCUGCUCUACCUACUUCAGUGCCACCACCUGGCAUGCCCCCACCUGUGAUGCCACCUUCUCUACCAACCUCUCUGCCCCCACCUGUGAUGCCUCCUUCUUUGUCUUCAACAGGGCCACCACCAGUUCUUCCUCCACCUCCCCUCUCUUCUGUGGGGCCACCACCAGUUCUUCCCCCACCAUCUCUCUCUUCAACAGCACCUCCACCUGUCCUGCCUCUUCCACCAUUAUCUUCAGCCACACCUCCUCCAGGAAUACCUGCCCCUGGGGUUCCACAAGGGAUACCUCCUCAAUUAACAACAGCCCCAGUUCCAUCAGUCUCUAGUUCUCAGAGUUCACAACUUCCAGAGAAACCUAGACCAGCGUUACUUCCCACUCCUGUGUCUUUUGGUUCAGCUUACCAUCCUCCAUUGCAAUCAGCUGUUGGCCCUGCAGAACAAGGGAAUUCUAAAGCUCCUCUGAGCAAGUCUACUCUGCCAUACAGUUCGUUCUCAUCUGAGCCAGGACUUGGGGAGUCUUCAAUUGCUCCAUCUCUGCAAAUCAAGGACAUGCCAAUGAGGUCAGGUGGACUGCUUCCAGAUCCUCCUAGAAGCAGUUACAUGGAAGGUCCAAAAGGGCCAAGAUUUGAUGGUCCUCGAAGAUUUGAGGAUUUAGGGUCAAGGUGUGAAGGACCGAGACCCAAAGGGCCUCGUUUUGAAGGAAAUCGCCCCGAUGAGCCAAGACCCAGAUAUGAAGGUCACCCAGCAGAGGGCAUUAAAAGCAAAUGGGGAAUGAUUCCCCGGGGGCCAGCAUCUCAGUUUUAUAUCACCCCCAAUACAUCCCUAAGUCCUCGACAAAGUGGACCACAAUGGAAAGGCCCCAAACCAGCUUUGGGACAGCAACAUCAGCAGCAACCUAAGUCACAAGCAGAACCUCUUUCAGGAAACAAAGAACCAUUAGCAGACACCAGUAGUAACCAGCAGAAGAAUUUAAACAUGCAAUCAGCUGCAUUAUCCAUUGGUGCAGAUGUAAAGUAUGCCAAGGCGGCUCAGGCAAAUGAGAAUCUAAGCGACUCUCAACAAGAGCCACCUAAAAGCGAAGUCUCGGAAGUGCCCAUAGAGCCUUCUAAAUGGGACCAGAAUUCUCAGAGUAUGGAGACUCAAAUGGACAAAACCCAAGCUAUUACUCAGCCUGUAUCCCUUGCAAAUAAACCUGUACCUACUCAAUCUACUUUUCCCUCAGAAACAGGGGGGAUGGAGGGAGGAGCAAUAGUAGCAACAUCAUCAUCAUUAAACACAGAUAAUGAUUUUAAACCUUUAGGUAUUGGUCUGCCCCAUUCAGAAAAUAACCAAGAUAAAGGGCUGCCUCGGCCAGAUAACAGAGAUAAUAGGUUAGAAAGCAAUCAAGGCAGCAGCUCAUCUUACAGAGGUCCUGGGCAAAGCAGAAUGGAAGACAUGCAGGAUAAAGAACUAGUAAAUAGAGGUCGAGGCCAGGUAAUUAGCUGUGACCCAGGGUUGGUCAAGCAAGAAGACUUUCAUGAUAAGGUGAUGGGUAAAAGAGAAGACAGUCGAGAGAAGAUGAACAGAGGAGAAGGCAGUCGGGAGAGAGGGUUGAUGAGACCAGGAAGCAGCUGGGAGAAAGUGCCAGGUGGUCUGCAAGGUAGCCAAGACAAGGGUAGAGCUGGCAGCCGAGAAAGGGGCCCACCUCGGAGGGCUGGAAGUCAGGAGAGAGGACCCCCUCGAAGAGCUGGGAGCAGGGAGAGAGUACCACCUCGAAGUGCUGGGAGCAGGGAGAGGGGGCCACCACCUCGAGGGCCUGGCAGUCGGGAAAGGGGACUGGGAAGACCAGAUUUUGGUCGUGACAGAGGUCCAUUUAGACCAGAACUAGGAGAUGGUGGGGAAAAAAUGUAUUCAUAUCACCGAGAUGAGCCACCUAGGGCUCCAUGGAACCAUGGAGAAGAGAGAGGACAUGAAGAGUUCCCACUAGAUGGUAGAAAUGCUCCAAUGGAACGAGAAAGACUUGAUGAUUGGGAUAGAGAGCGAUACUGGAGAGAGAGUGAACGUGACUAUCGAGAUGAUACAUUAGACACAUAUAACCGAGAGGACAGGUUCUCAGCACCACCAUCUCGAUCGCAUGAUGGAGAUAGGCGAGGCCCUUGGUGGGAUGAUUGGGAGAGAGAUCAGGAUAUGGAUGAGGACUACAGUAGGGAAAUGGACAGGGACUUGGACAGGGAUGUGGAUCGGAUUGGAAGACCCAUGGAUAUGUAUGAUAGAAAUUUGGAUAAUGAGUGGGACAGAGAUUAUGGGAGACCACUGGAUGAACAAGAAUCACAGUUCCGUGAACGGGAUAUUCCAUCUCUUCCACCUUUACCACCCCUCCCACCUCUUCCACCUUUGGAUAGAUAUCGGGAUGAUAGAUGGAGAGAAGAAAGAAAUCGAGACCAUGGGUAUGAUCGAGAUUUCCGUAAUAGGGGUGAGUUGAGGAUCCGAGAAUAUCCAGAAAGAGGAGAUACGUGGCGGGAAAAGCGAGAUUAUAUUCCUGACAGAAUGGACUGGGAAAGAGAACGGUUGUCAGACAGAUGGUACCCAUCUGAUGUGGAUAGACAUUCCCCCAUUUCGGAACACAUGCCCUCCUCACAUCAUUCUGAAAUGAUGGGGUCGGAUGCAAAUUUAGACUCUGACCAAGGCCUUGGAGGGGUAAUGGUUCUCAGUCAGAGGCAGCACGAAAUCAUUUUGAAAGCUGCACAAGAACUGAAAAUGCUUCGGGAACAGAAAGAACAGUAUCAAAAGAUGAAAGACUUUGGAUCUGAGCCACAGAUGCCUGAUCAUCUACCAUCCCAAGAUUCAAGAUUGCAGAAUCCACCUUCAAGACCUGGAAUGUAUCUGCCUCCAGGAUCCUAUAGACCACCACCUCCUAUGGGUAAACCACCAGGUCCGAUUAUAAGACCCUCUGCUCCACCAGUAAGAUCAUCUGUUCCUUUGACCAGGCCACCUAUUCCAAUACCACCACCACUACCACCUCCUCCUCCUACACUACCUCCUCCUCCGGGGAUAAAGCCACACACUUCAGCUGUAGAACAGGAACGCUGGGAUGAAGAUUCUUUCUAUGGCCUCUGGGAUUCAAAUGAGGAACAAGGACUAAAUUCAGAAUUUAAACCAGAAACUGUAAAUAUUCCAUCUGCUCCAUUGUUACCACCCCCACCUAUUCACCCUUCCAUUCCCCCUCCUGGCCCAAUGCCACCAAUGGGUAUGCCACCAAUGUCCAAACCACCACCAGUACAACAGACUGUUGACUAUGGCCAUGGCCGAGAUAUGUCCACUAACAAAGUUGAACAGAUACCCUAUGGAGAAAGAAUAACUCUGCGCCCAGAUCCACCUGAAAGAUCAGCUUUUGAGACAGAGCAUGCCGGCCAACGUGAUCGUUAUGAUAGAGACAGAGACCGGGAGCCUUACUUUGAUCGUCAAAGCAAUGUCAUGGCAGAUCAUCGAGAUUUCAAAAGGGAUCGAGAGACACAUAGAGACCGAGACCGGGAUCGUGGUGUUAUUGACUAUGACCGGGAUAGAUUUGACAGAGAACGCCGACCUCGAGAUGAUAGGACUCAGUCAUAUCGAGACAAAAAAGACCAUUCUUCAUCCAGAAGAGGGGGAUUUGAUAGACCAUCCUAUGACCGAAAGUCUGACCGACCAGCCUAUGAGGGACCACCCAUGUUUGGAGGAGAACGAAGAACUUACCCAGAGGAGCGAAUGCCCCUGCCAGCUCCUGCACUAAGCCACCAGCCACCUCCAGCUCCACGGGUAGAGAAGAAACCUGAAUCUAAGAAUGUGGAUGAUAUUUUGAAACCCCCUGGCCGAGAGAGCAGACCUGAGCGAAUUGUUGUUAUAAUGAGAGGAUUGCCAGGCAGUGGAAAGACGCAUGUUGCAAAACUUAUUCGAGAUAAGGAGGUAGAAUUUGGAGGACCUGCUCCCAGAGUUCUAAGCCUAGAUGAUUACUUCAUCACUGAAGUGGAAAAAGAAGAAAAAGAUCCAGAUUCUGGAAAGAAAGUGAAAAAGAAGGUAAUGGAAUAUGAAUAUGAAGCUGAGAUGGAGGAGACCUAUCGCACCAGCAUGUUCAAAACUUUCAAAAAGACUCUGGAUGAUGGCUUUUUCCCUUUCAUCAUCCUGGAUGCUAUCAAUGACAGAGUUAGACAUUUUGACCAGUUUUGGAGUGCAGCAAAAACCAAGGGAUUUGAGGUGUAUUUGGCUGAAAUGAGUGCAGAUAACCAGACUUGUGGCAAGAGAAAUAUUCAUGGAAGAAAGCUUAAAGAAAUAAACAAGAUGGCUGAUCACUGGGAAACUGCACCUCGUCAUAUGAUGCGUCUGGACAUUCGUUCUUUGUUGCAAGAUGCUGCUAUUGAAGAGGUAGAGAUGGAAGAUUUUGAUGCAAAUAUCGAAGAACAGAAGGAAGAAAAGAAAGAUGCAGAGGAAGAGGAAAACGAACUGGGUUACAUUCCGAAAAGCAAAUGGGAGAUGGACACAUCUGAGGCAAAGCUAGACAAGUUGGAUGGCUUGAGAACUGGUACUAAAAGGAAACGUGACUGGGAAGCAAUUGCCAGCAGAAUGGAGGAUUAUCUUCAGCUCCCUGAUGAUUAUGAUACUCGUGCUUCUGAGCCUGGGAAGAAGAGGGUGAGAUGGGCAGACCUGGAGGAAAAGAAGGACGCAGAUAGGAAAAGGGCCAUAGGUUUUGUGGUCGGACAGACUGAUUGGGAGAAGAUCACAGAUGAAAGUGGUCACCUGGCUGAAAAAGCCCUCAAUCGAACCAAAUAUAUAUGA